UGGAUCGGAGGUUCACGUGUUUUUGUUGACAAGAAAACAUAGAUUUUCUUCCGUGUUUAGGCGUUUUUCACAUGGGAUAACAAUGCCGGGACGCAAGAAAAAACCCUUUAUCGAUCGCAAGAAUGCAGUCAGUUUUCAUCUCGUCCAUCGUAGUCAGAGGGAUCCACUGCAGGCAGAUGAAGACAGCUCCAAGUAUGUCCUCUUACAGAAAGAGAAAGCCAAAGAAAAGGAGAAGCUCGAGUCGCAGAAAACUGAAGAGAGAGCCCAUGGGGUAUUCUACGAAGACGAGUACAAUUACCUGCAGCAUCUGAAGGAGGUGAACCCAGAAUGCGUCUGGUCCGACCCCACGCCUGCCUCAUAUCAACAACAGAGGGCACCCCUCAGUGAUGAAAACGCAUCCCAGAUUUCAAUGCUUGGGCUCCCAGCCGAAGUGUUUCCAUCAGAGAUGGAAGAAAAAGUCGGCCUACUCAACAAGGCUGCUCCAGUCAGUGGCCCCCGAUUUGAUCUUGACCCUGAUGUGGUGGCCGCGAUGGACGAGGACUUUGACUUUGAAGACCCCGAUAACGAACUUGAAGAUGACUUUAUACUCAUGGCACGGGGAGAGGGCGAGGAUGGAGAAAGCCGACUGUUUGAAGGCGAUGCAGAUUAUGAUGGUGAGUACGGGAGCGACGAAGAUUACUCAACAGAUGGAUUAGAAGACAGUGACGAUGCCAGGGAUGAUGUCGGCGAUGAUCUCAAGACGUUCCGAGAAGAAGAAACCAAGUCUCACUUUACCAACUACUCCAUGACCUCGUCUGUGAUGAGACGAAACGAGGGGCUGACGUUACUGGAUGACAGAUUCGAAAAGAUUUACGAGCAGUAUGACGACAUGGAGAUCGGAGCUCUUGAUCAAGAUGAAAUUGACGGGCAUCGAGAGGUCAACGCCGACAGUGCCAUCAUGAGACAGGUCUUGGAUGAAUACGAGGCUUCCAUACAGAAAACCACUCUUGGCGAUAUUAGAAACGAAUGCAAGCCUGAAGACGGCGAACGUCUCCAAGCCGAUGAUGCGAGCGAUGAUGACAACGACGAAGAUGACAAUGAUGAUGACCUUGUCAAAAUGACCGUGACGGAAACAAAGAAAGAGGAGAGAUGGGAUUGUGAGUCCAUCCUGAGCACCUACUCCAACCUGUACAACCACCCAACGACCAUCAAAGAACCACCUAAGAAUAAAUCCAUCAAGCUGUCUAAGAAGACCGGGAUGCCCGUCGACGUCCUGCCGGCACCAGGCCCGACCAAGAAGCAGCAGGAGCGAGAGCUACAUGAGGAGUACGUCUUGCCGUCCGUGGCUCCCUCCAGACCCAAGGACAGGAAGGAGACACCGGAGGAGAGGAGGUUGAGAAAACAGGCCGUCAAGCAAGACAGGAGGGACCGACGGCUGGAGAAGAAGGCUAACAAGCAAGCAUUCAAGGAUGAAGAGAAGAGACAGGGGCAAGCUAUGAUAAACCUGAAACAGAAUAUGCAGGGAAUCAAAAUAGUAUGAGCAAAAAAACUUGCAGGGGUCUAAAUAUAGAUGGAAUUUUCAUUAUCUCAGAAUUGUUCAUUACAUCAAAAUGAGCGGCAGCGCAAUGAGCAUCGGUCUGUAUCGUCAGAACAAAGUUAUCAAGGGGGGCCAGAAUAGUUUAAACAGACUAUAAUUACAUGCAUUUUGCUUUAAAAUUAGUCAUUUGGAAAUAAUUUUGGAUUUUUAUAAUGAUUUUUAUCAAAACUGAUUCCAUCAUUGCUGAAUUGCAGGACAAUAAUCUAUUUCAUUUCUCACAAAUGUUGGAUCUUUUUGAAGAAAAUAUAAAAAUCAUUUUUUCUUUACAUCUCUUUUGCACAAUUGCGUGCAAGGUUUGUUACGAUUAGUGUAUCAGAGGAGAGUCGGCUAUCUUUUUAUUUUGUGGCAAGUUAUUUUUUUCAGGACCGAAAUGUUUGGAUUUCAAUAUUGGAUGCCAUACAUAAUAAUACUCAUGAUGUAAGAUUUUAAUUUUUUAUGAUCAAAAACUUCCGGAAAAAAAGUUACUAUGUAAAUAUGUAUGAUACAAGGUAAAAUUUCAUGGUCGAUAGUAAGUUAUGCCUUUUUGUCAAAGAAAUAAAUCCAAAUGUUAAAAUUUUGGAAAAAACAAA